AUGGGAAAUUACUAUGUGGAUGUACCGAAGUUUUCGGAUAUGCACCCUUGCAACCCAUCGGACAAUCGUUUAUCAAAAUCGGACACCGGAUCAGUAUGUUAUAAGGAGAAAUGCGUCCUAGAAACAACAAUAAUACCACAGGCCGAUCCAUGGAGCUCUUGGUCACCUUGGUCACCCUGUCGUGGAGAUGACGUUACAGGUUUCGAAAAAAGGAACAGGAAAUGCGAUAAAUCCCGUCUAAAGUUAGGAGAGCAAAUCUGCCAAGGUAAUGAUACAGAGUACAAAGUGUGCAAAAAUAAGGCUAGCAGAAAUAGCAAAAAGAACAUGGCUCUCUGUAAAAAGCACGAUUCAUCGUCGAUUUAUAGUGCGGAAGAUGAAUAUCCAUGUCGUUUAAUCUGCUUCGUUGGACCUAAUUUCACGAAUUACGGAAAUGCUGCAGAUGGAACUCUCAUCAAAACGGAAAAUAUGUUAAGCAUGUGUCUAAAUGGCUUUAUUAUACCUGUAGGAUGUGACGACGAGUUUUUCUCUACCGCAAAAUGGGACAAAUGCGGAAUUUGUAAUGGGGAUAAUUCGAAAUGCUAUCCUUUCGAGGCUGAAGAGAUGAUCACAUUAACCAAAGCUAGGACGAAUAUAACGAACUUGAAUCCAGGCACGACAUUCCUACUUUUUAGACUAAUUUUAGGAUAUCAUCAAGGAUUAGAUGGCCCCGAAAAUAGUAUUGUAUUAAAACGAAAUGGAAAGAACUAUAAAGGGAAUUUGAUAAAGAAGCUUACCGAUAUAACCUACGAGAAAAAUAAAGAUUUUGAACUCAUAACUUCGCAUAUGCUAGCAGGCCCCCUUACAAUUCAAAUUCUGAAAAAUUUGGCGGGUAAAAUUGUUGUAGGUUACAAACUGAGGUACGCCACUCCUAAAUGA